AUGCCUCGACUCAGCGACGCGGAGAUGGAGCACCUGCGGGAGGAGCUCGCCGCGCCCGAGGGCUCGUUCCCGACUGAGGCUCAUGUAGAGAUUGAGAUUGGAGAAGAUGCGCCCGAGCUUGAGACGCCCAAUUGGCCCGGUUCUGAGCCUCCCGUCGCGUCUCCAGGUUCGCCGUCGGGCUCGCGGUCGCUCGGCUCAGACGCCGGCACCACCCCAGAGUCGGAGCCCGAGCAGGCUGCCGGGUUCACGGUGGACAUUCCCGAGUGUAACUUGAUCUCGCCGCUUUCAUGCUACGAGCCGUUUGAGGCCGGAGCGCCCACAAUGUCCGAGUCCCGCGCGCUCGCGGCCCUGGCGUCGGAGCGGAAGCGUCUCGGCAGAUCCGACGACGACGACGAUGCCGACGAGGGCAUCGAGUACGACCUCGACGAGUUUGCCGCCUACUGCGACACGGCCGCGUACCCCUGCGAGAUGCGGCCGCUGCACCAGCUGGACACUAAACUGGGCGUUAGGAACCUCUACUUUGACGGCGUCCUCAGCAUCGGCGGCCAGCACCCCGUCUUCGUCCGGCGCGUGCCCAUCGCCGCCAUGCCCAUCGGCAACUACGGCACCCAGCACGACACGGCCCAGGGCCACAUCUGGCUGCAGUCGUGGCUCAACCGCAGCCGCAGCAUCUACUACAAGCUCGGCAGGCCCGCCAGAGAGUACCUGCGCUUCUACCGGCCCAUGCUCUGGGUCGUCGACCUCGCCAAGCACUUUGUUGACUACCUGCAGGUCACCGGCGACGCCUCGAGGAGCGUCCACAUCCACCACUUCCGCGGCGCGUUUGUCGCCUGGCUCGAGGAGACGCAAAAGAGCUCGCUCGCCUUUGACGCGUGGCGGCGGCAGCACCCGAGCCCCGACCUGCGGUCGUCCGUCGUCGCGCACAUCAACUUUCUCCACAAGGAGGCCGUCGGCGUGCUCGGGUACAAGGCCACGUACAAGCACGACAUAUGGUCCGAGGCGCUGCUGUUCACGUCCUACGAGCCGCAGCCCAGGGCCGCGGACCCCAAGACGGUCGUGACGCAGUACACGUACGACCUCUUCAAGGACAUGCCGUUUGGGGACCAGCUCACCGUCGCGCCCAUCGGCCCCGAGACGCAGCAUCUGCGCGACAAGCUGAUCCGCGAGCGGCGCAUGGAGCUGCCGUCGGCCCUCCACGACGCCGUCAAGGACGUGUCGUCGGCGGCCGAGGCGCGGAUCCGCAACGUCAAGCCCGGCGACACCAUCAGCACGCCGCGCGACGACGAGGCCUCGGGCAGCAUGUGGAAGCGCGAGGUGUCCAAGGGGUUCCACGACGUCGACCGCUGGUUCGCGCUCGUGCAGAGCGUGCGCACGGCCAAGAGCGGCAAGCGCGUCUUCGACGUCAUCUGGUACUACCGGCCCGUCGAGACGCUGUGCGGCGUCAUGCACUACCCCUGGAACAACGAGCUCUUCCUGUCGGACCACUGCUCGUGCAAGGAGCGCAACAAGAUUCGCGAGGACGAGGUGCUGGGCGUGCACGACGUCGACUUUGGCGGCUCGUCGGCCACCGAGGCGGAGCUCUUUUGCCGGCAGACGUACGUCCACGCCGAGCGCAAGUGGGUGACGCUGCGCGAGGAGCACAAGCACUGCAAGCACACGACGGAGCGCCGGCGGCCCGCGCAGUACCGGCCGGGAGACACGCUGCUGGUGCACGUCGACACCAAGUCGCCGCUGGCCGAGCCCUGCGAGCUCGUCGCGUCCUAUAGAGAGGGAGACGGCAAGAUCUACAGGCUGCGGCGGCUGCUGCGGCGGCGGGACGUCGACACGAACGGCCAGGCCUCGCCCCCCAACGAGCUCGUCUACAGCUCGAGCCUCAUCGAGGGCCGCAAGAACCGCAUCGUCGGCCGAUGUCGAGUCCGCUUCUUCCCCAAGGGUAGCCCCGUCCCCACGCCAUACGACCGGGACGGAGUGGGCGGCUACUUUUUCUUCUCGUACGGCACAACGGAAACACACGACGGCAUGCAGCGGUGUGAGGCCCUCGACGCGGCGCCGGCGAGCCUGCGGCAGGGCUGGGAUCCGGCGACGGCGGUGCCCCAGCUGCGCGGAGUCGACCUCUUCUGCGGCGGCGGCAACUUUGGACGCGGGCUCGAGGACGGCGGAGCCAUCGAGAUGGGAUGGGCCAACGACUACGACGCCAAGGCGCUUCAUACGUACAUGGCCAACGUCGAGGUGCCCGGACGCGUGUCGCCGUUCCUCGGUUCCAUCGACGACAUGCAGCGGCGGGCCAUGGCGGGCGAUUUCGGCGGCGGCGUGCCGCGCGUGGGCGACGUCGACUUUGUAUCCGGCGGCAGCCCGUGCCCCGGCUUCUCUCGACUCACAAACGACAAGACGACGGUGGCGCAGCGCAAGAACCAGUCGCUCGUGGCGGCGUUUGGCUCCUUUGUCGACCUGUACCGGCCGCGGUACGCGCUGCUGGAGAACGUGCCGGGCAUCGUGCACAAGCGCGCGAACCGCGACCAGGACGUCUUCAGCCAGCUCAUCUGCGCCGUCGUCGGGCUGGGCUACCAGGCGCGCUUCUUCUUCCUCGACGCGUCGUCGUGCGGCUCACCGCAGCGCCGGUCGCGCGUCUUCCUCGCCCUCGCCGCGCCGGGCUGCCAGCUCCCCGACAAGCCGCUCGUGACGCACUCGCACCCGCCGCAGACCAAGUCGCUGGGCCUGGGCAUGCUCCCGACGGGCGAGUCCAUGGCGGAGCGCGAGAUGCCGCGCGCCACGCCGUUUCACUUUGUCACGGCGCUCGAGGCCACGGCCGACCUGCCCGUCAUCUACGACGCCAAGCCCGACACCUGCGUGCCGUUUCCGGACCACCGCGUGUCCCUGGGCCUCACGCGCAGCCAGCGGUUGCGCAUCGCGCUCAUCCCGACGCACCCCUGGGGCAUGAACUUUGCGCAGGCUUGGUACGGCACGGGCGCGAGCAAGACGCCCGGAGGCGGGAUCCUGACGGUCGCGGAGCGGGCGUUCUUCACCGGCACCGACAGCGCGUCGGGCUCGGGGUCGCCCAUCAACGACAACGGCCGCGUCGGCGAGGCGCAGGCCAACUCCAACUCGUACGGACGCAUGUACCCGGACCGGCUCAUCGAAACGAUUGUCACGACGCAGAACCCGCGCGACGGCAAGAACGGGCGCGCGCUGCACUGGAGCGAGGACCGCGUGCUGACCAUCAUGGAGGCGCGCCGCGCCCAGGGCCUGCGCGACCACGACGUGCUGCUGGGCUCGCCGGCGACGCAAUACAAGAUUGUGGGCAACAGCGUGGCCAGGGAGGUGGCCGUGGCGCUGGGCAUCGUGUUUCGCGAGGCGUGGGUCGAGACGCUCCGCGAGGGUGAGCCUGACGAGGGGGAAGAUGACGACGAUGACGCCGACGACGCUCGGUCUGCCGUAUCAGGGGGCGACAUGCUCAGUGACAGACCGGAGCAGACGGCCAGCUCGGGAGGGAGCCCGCCGCCGGCCAGGAAGCGCAGCCAGUCGCUGGCCGUGGAGAUGUCGCGCCGCAAGAGGCCACGCGGCGAGACACCGGGGAGCCGAGCGAGCAGUUCCGUUGCGCCGAGCCCCCUCGGCAGAGCUGUCAUGACGCACGACGACGAUGACGACGAUGAUGUUUAG